AUGAAUGCGACGCUUACAACUACAGAAUUGUUCUCCCGACAAUUACAAAGUCGAACAUCGGCAAUCCGAUUCGUAGAAUCUUUUAUGAUGCUUCUUAUCAAUCUAACGUCUUUUGCCGGCAAUCUUCUGCUUGGAAUCGCCGCCAUAAAAAAUCCAUCUCUUGGGAGAUCUGUUACCAAUUUGUACAUCAUAACUCUGGCGUUCUCCGACUUUCUUAUCUCUUUGUUGGGAAUUCCAUUUUCAGUAGCCACUCUCAUUGUUGGGCGAUGGCCGUUCAAUAAUUUUCUCUGUCAGCUUCAGGGUUUUUGGGUUCUCCUUAUGAGUGCAAUUUCCCUCGAAACUCUCGCCGUUACUGCUGUAAACAGGUAUUUUCGAGUUGUGCAUUCUCGUGCGCUCUAUCAAAAAAUUUUCAACGCAAAGAAAAUCAGAGCAACAAUUGCGAUUCUGUGGAUCAUCGCUUUCCUCGCACCCCUUCCUUACGUCGUUGCCGGACACGAAUUUUCUUUCCAUCCUGCAAAGGCUAUGUGCGCACACAACUCAGAAAGCCUGCUUAAAGGCUACGGAGCCUUCUUGGUCCUCGUGUACGUAGCCGUUCCAUUAAUUUUAAUCAUAGCGUGCUAUACCAGGGUGUUCAUGAAGGUGCGGAAACACAAUUUGAAUUUCAUCUUUCGGCUUCGAAGUAGUUGCAGAUCUGAGCCAUCGACAAACCGGUGCCUAUCAGUGGACGAAGUUAACGUGACUUACACUCUUCUAGUCGUCGUGACAGGUUUUCUAGUUUGCUGGACGCCUGUUGUAGUAAUCGACUUGAUCGACUUUCUUAAUUCAGAUUGGAAACUUAAACGACAAGUGUACGUGAGUUACACUUGUUUCGCCUUCACGAGCGCCUCUCUCAACCCAAUCAUUUAUGGCGUCAUGAAUCGUUCCUUUCGAGUAGAGUACUUGCGCAUCUUGGCGGCCUUCAAGUUCUGGUCUUACCGCAGAGGUAUUCAAGUUGAAAAUCGUAUCAAAACAGUUAAAGAGGAUGUAACUCUUGAGAUGAGACAAAUAAAGUAAAGGGAAAAAAGAGAGAAAGCAACAACACAGGCACUUUCAAAACUUGCAGUUUUAAUCAUUAUAAAUGAGGAGUUUGGUUAGUCAACGAAACUCUCUUGGGUAGAUUUACAUUUUAGAAUUUGUCUUUGAGCUGACUGUUGAAUACUGUACAAUGUUUAGAAUUUUUCCGUGGAGUUUCUGUCAUUGUGGGUUUUUUUUUAAUUUAUUUGGGAUCAUCGCUGUUAAAUUAUUAAUAGUCUAUGUUAGUAAGAUAGGUUUUUGGCUGUCGUGACAUAUCUGGCGCCUAUCCUCAAUCUUUUUAGCACCGUUGGCGUCAAUGUUUUCUAACUGUGCGAUGCUGAGAAUCGAUUAAAAUGAAAUAUCACGUAAACGUUAUAAAGUAUGCCUAAUAGUUUUUUUUUCAAGUAUUUUAACAUUAUAAAUGCAGGAUAAGGCGCACAGAAUACAGGAAAGAACCUUCAAUUUGCGUCAUUGAGGCACUCGUACUUAUGGUAGUGGUAAUUUCGGCGUUUUUGUGGGGUCUUUUAGCGUGAUCAAUUUUAAUUCAGGUGACAUUUUAAUUUAACCCAAGUAGAAUAAAUUAAGCCAUCUGACACUCAGUAACUAUGAAAUACGCAUAUUACAAUUGUUUUUUCUCUCGGCAUCAAACGUCACCAGAGAAAAAGUUUAGUUUAAGAUCGGUUCGAGUUGAAGUAAAGAUAUCUUACUGGCAAGCUUUUAUUUCGAUUUUCUUUCUUAUUGACAUAAUGUCUUCGUUCUCUUUCUCUGAUAUAUUAUCUUAAUAUUAAGAUCAGCUCUUUUUUAGGAUAAAUGUAUAAAUGGCAUACUCUUAAAAACAUCACAAGGAAAUAGUUAGCUCUUUUUUGGGAUACGAAGUCUGAAGAUCGAUGGCUAUUUGUGUUUCGUGAUAUGAUUUGGGAUGAAGAUAAGUUGAGUGCAAGCUUUAACGUCAAAUUUAAAAUUUUAGGGAGCAUGGCAAUAUGAAAAGGAAUGGCAAAAUUACCAAGAGUAUCACACUCUUACAUUUCUGAAUGCACUAGACACAAAUCACAAAGUGCAGUGAAACAAACGUAAUUCCCAUGUAAUGUCUUACAAAGCCAUGAAGUGCAUGGCAUUUCAUUUUGCUGCGAGGUUGUUUAGUUAUGGACCACGGAUGAUGUAAAAAUAAGGAAGGAACAUAAAAAGGUGGCAGCUGCAACCUCACUCUUUGGGUCCUCUCUCUUCCUGACUCAAUGA